AUGAUAGUCAGUGCGGAAACACCAUCGGAUCUUGAUCCAGAACUACAAGAUGACAAUCAUGUUGAAAUUCGUCCGUUACGCUUUCAUGACGAUGUUAUACCUUUGCAGUUUUUACUCACGCUGGUGGCGAUGGCGGUCACGGCAUGGCCCUCGUUCUUGGUACACGAAGGUCAUGGUCUUGGAGCAGAUGAGCCGAAGCUCAUCUCGCAAUCAGUACAUUUACACGAGGUGCCGACCAAGGUGAUCAAGGUUACUAAGACAGUAGCUAUCAAGGUCCCUGUACCGUAUCCCGUUAAGGUACCUCAUCACAUCCCAUUUCCGGUGCCCGUCAAACAUCCUAUAGCAAUUCGAGUACCACAGAUAGUGAAAGUGCCGCAGCACGUGCCAGUGCCUAUAGAAAAGCCAAUUCCGGUGGAAGUGCAUCAGCAGGUGCCGUUCCUGAUAUCUAAACCGGUGCCAAUACCGCAUCCGGUUCCCGUACCUCAUCCAGUUACUUUAACCAAGCCGAUUUUCAUCCCUGUGCCGAAAACGAUCCCGAUUCCACAAUCAAAUCAUGAUGAAGGUGGCAUUUCCACUGGAACAGAAGGCGGAGGUGAUCAUGCUAGCCAUGAGACGGCCCACUAUAGCACUUAUACCUCUCAAGGCCAUGAAUCCUACGAUCAGCAAAAUAGCGACCAGCAGGUCCAAUUCCAGCCAUCUCAGCCCGACUACUCGACCGAUCAUUAG